AUGAGGACACCAGGAGGAGCCAAGAGGAGACCAAGAGGAGACCAGGAGGAGCCAAGAGCAGACCAGGAGGAGCCAAGAGGAGACAAGAGGAGACCAGGAGGAAGCAAGAGGAAACCAGGAGGAGCCGAGAGGAGACAGGAGGAGACCAGGAGGAAGCAAGAGGAAACCAGGAGGAGCCGAGAGGAGACAGGAGGAGCCAAGAGGAGACCAGGAGGAGCCAAGAGGAUCCAAGAGGAGACCAGGAGGAGACCAGGAGGAGCCAAGAGGAGACCAGGAGGGGCCAAGAGGAGACCAGGAGGUGCCAAGAGGAGACCAGGAGGUGCCAAGAGGAGACCAGGAGGUGCCAAGAGGAGACCAGGAGCAGCCGAGAGGAGCCAAGAGGACACCAGGAGGAGACCAGGAGGAGACCAGGAGGAGACCAAGAGGAGAACAGGAGGAGCCAUGAGGAGACCAGGAGGAGCCAAGAGGAGACCAAGAGGAGACCAGGAGGAGCCAAGAGCAGACCAGGAGGAGCCAAGAGGAGACAAGAGGAGACCAGGAGGAAGCAAGAGGAAACCAGGAGGAGCCAAGAGGAAACCAGGAGGUGCCAAGAGGAGGAGCAAGAGAGACCAGGAGGAGCCGAGAGGAGCCAGAGGAGCCAAGAGGAGACCAGGAGGAGCCAAGAGGAGCCAAGAGGAGCCAAGAGGAGAGCCAGGAGGAGACCAGGAGGAGACCAGGAGGAGACCAGGAGGAGCCAAGAGGAGACCAGGAGGAGCCAAGAGGAGACCAGGAGGAGCCAGAGGAGACCAGGAGGAGCCGAGAGGGCCAAGAGGACACCAGGAGGACCAGGAGGAGACCAGGAGGAGACCAAGAGGAGACCAGGAGAGCCAGAGGAGACCAGAGGAGCCAAGAGGAGACCAAGAGGAGACCAGGAGGAGCCAUGAGAGACCAGGAGGAGCCAAGAGGAGACCAGGAGGGACCAAGAGGAGACCAGGAGGUGCCAAGAGGAGACCAGGAGGAGCCAAGAGGAGCCAAGAGGACACCAGGAGGAGACCAGGAGGAGACCAAGAGGAGACCAAGAGGAGACCAGGAGGAGCCAAGAGCAGACCAGGAGGAGCCAAGAGGAGACAAGAGGAGACCAGGAGGAGCAAGAGGAGACCAGGAGGAGCCAAGAGGAGACCAGGAGGAGCCAAGAGGAGACCAGGAGGAGCCAAGAGGAGACCAGGAGGAGCCAAGAGGAGACCAGGAGGAGCCAAGAGGAGACCAGGAGGAGCCAAGAGGACCAAGAGGAGACCAAGAGGAGACCAGAGGAGACCAGGAGGAGACCAGGAGGAGACCAGGAGAGACCAGGAGGAGCCAAGAGGAGACCAGGAGGAGCCAUGA